GCUGCCUGUGACUUAUCCGCAGAGCCAUAAUUACCAACAAGAUGAUUUCCAUAAAACUGUUGCACGAACUUUGAGCCAAGGAUCAACACCGAUGAGCAUGGAUUUCCAUCCACUUCAACAAACUCUUCUUCUUGUUGGUACCAAUGUUGGCGACAUUGGAUUGUGGGAUGUUGGUACCAAAGACAGACUCGUUGUAAGGAACUUCAAAGCCUAGGACCUCAGUAAAUGUACAAUGAUUCUCCAGGCAUCACUGGUUAAGGAUCCAGCUGUGUCAGUUAAUCGCAUAAUAUGGAGUCUUGAUGGAACCUUGUUUGGUGUUGCUUAUUCAAGGCAUAUUGUACAAAUUUAUUCCUAUAAUGGUGGCGACGAUAUUAGACAACACUUGGAGAUUGAUGCACAUAUUGGUGGUGUAAAUGACAUUGCAUUUGGAUUCUACCUUGCCUGGGCAACGCAACAUUUUCACUCUUUGUGCUUCUUGAACUUCUUCCUUCAUCGACAUCCUAAAGAGGUAAUAGAAGCAAAUGGGUAUCAUGAAUUCACAUCUUAGAUGGGAAAAAAAUCU